AAGGGAAAGAAAAGAAGGAAGGGAGGAGGGAGGGAGGAAGGAAGAAAGGAAGGAAGACAAGCUCAUAAAACUGGUAGUUUUCAUUGAUUUUUUUUCUUUUUUGCUUCUGGCAAGAUGCAAGCAUAUCUACAUCAUUGUUGGAGGGUGUGUGUUUUUCCAUUAGCUCAGUGGAAUAGAAUUCUCAGUGGUGUGUAGACGAAUGGAAUGUUGUAUAAACUGGCACAAUUUAAGAUAGAAAAACAAUCACAGAACUCCAUCAAGUUCUUAGAUCCAGACUUCCUGCCUCUCUUCCUUGCCAGGUGCAUUACUGGCCUUGGGCCUUAUUAUAUUUUGACUUGUUCCUCUCGUCCUGAUUUCAGCUUCACACCUAUUUUCAUUCUUGCUUCUGUUCACAGUCAUGGGUCUUGGCUUAUUCUGCUCCUAGAUACAUUAGGCUUCUUUCUACAUUUGUCUUCCUUUUCCUACUCUCAGCAAGACCCCUUGCAUAGUUGCCAGAUUCACAGGGGGACAUAAGGAGCAGGUCGCUGAAGGAACACUGGGAUGGUGGAUGAAGGGGCUGAGAGAGAGAGAGAGGGAACACCUUGUGUCCAGCACCCGCUGAUCACCUGUGGUUCUCAGCUCUUUAGCAGAAGCACUGGGGAAACAGAGGUGAUGUGGAAUUCCUGCAAUCCUAAAAAAGAAUGUUUUUUUCUUUUUCAGUCCUAACUUAAGCUAGAUUGUUUUUCAACUCUUAUCUGCCCGUUGGUUGACAUCACUCACCUUCAAAUAUCUAUAAGAAAGACGGCAUUUGGGGGACAUUUUUCAAUCUAUUUCUAGCAAACAUAAUUAGGAGGAAGUCGUAGAAGCAGUGGAGAUCAGUGGCUGCACCAAGAUGAAAAUUGUUUUGUUUUGAGAUGGACGUCAUCUCUGAGCAAAAUGAAAUGAGCCAAAAGGCAAAUGGGAAUGUAGACAGGUAUGCCCAAUUCCUUUUAAAGUCCCCAAAACCUAUUCAGCCUUACAUCUGCCCAAUCCUGAAUGAUUUUCGAGAAGAGAGAGACUUUCUAGCAAACAACAUCUUCCCUCAGCUGAAUGAACUCUGCAAUUCCCGGGGCAUGUAUUUCAAAGCUGUGGACCUGAGGUGGUCAGCAAUGAGGGCCCAGGCACCCUUACCCUCCAACAUGAUUAGACAGCAUUUUGGUCUCCACUCGCAAAAUCCAAAGCUCUGUCUCAACUAUGUGAACAGCUGCUUUCCCUUUUUUAUCUGCUUUCAGCGUCAGACAUACGGGGACAUUCCCCCCGGCUACUCAUGUGUCAUGUUCGCCAAGUCAACUGACCUGUCCAGUUUAUCCAUUGUGGAACAGACUGUCCAUGUAGCUGCAAAAAAUGGUCAUCCUUGGGUCCUGGAGAAUCCCAACUUCAGUCUGAUGGAGUUAGAGAUCAUCCAAGCAGCAUUUCUGAACGAGUCUCAAUUUCAGUGUUUUUACUUUAGGAUGGAAACCACGCUGCUGAAGACUCUGGAUGAGAAAAAGGAGGAGGGGCUGUCCUCAGGUUUCCAAAUGAACAGUGAGGAAAAAUUAAAGAUUGAAAAGCUUAAGGCCGAGAUUAUUAGCAAAGGGCUCCCCGUCAGAUUGUAUAGAGAUCUCCACGAGUUGGGUGAGCUGGUUCUCAAGGACUGGUUGGUUGUGAUAGAAAAACUUUACCUGGCCACUAUAAUGAUGGAAAAAUAUAGGUUAGUAAAUAUGGAGAUAGCCAGGUCUGUCAUUAUAGGUGCAUGUGUUUUGUAUGUCUUCUUUGUGAAGGAAAUUUUAAAUGAUUAGAAAUAUGGAGUUCUCUUCAUGGCUCAGCAGUUAAUGAACCAUGGAACUAGGAUCUAUGAGGA